AUGGGCUCAGGUUACGGCCAGGAGCUGGCCGGGCACAGGGGGAGCCCUCCCGGUGCACAGCCGCUGCCCCCAGGGAGGAGUGUCCGAUGGAGUUUCUGUGGGCCAGAGACACGGGUGCGCUGGGGCAGCCACGCUCGCAUUUCGGCGCAGCUGGCGAGGAAGAGGGACGUGCCCCGGGCGCCGCGCGCGAGGAUUUCAGCCACAGGCCUCCUUUGGGGAAUGGAGGCCGAAGGGGGGUCCAGGGUGCGGGUUGGGGACGGCGAGAGAGCGCAGAGGACCAGGGCGGAGGGCCCUGACUACCUGAGAUCGCCCGAGAUGACCGAGGUGAUGAUGAACGCCCCGUCCAUGGAGGAGAUGGGCCUCAGCCCCCGGAAGGAUGGCCUUUCCUACCAGAUCUUCCCAGACCCGUCGGACUUCGACCGCUGUGGCAAGCUGAAGGACCGCCUGCCGUCCAUCGUGGUGGAGCCCACCGAGGGGGAGGUGGAGAGCGGGGAGCUGCGGUGGCCCCCCGAGGAGUUCCUGGUGCAGGAGGACGAGCAGGACGGCGAGGAGACGGCACAGGACGACAAGGAGUAG